GAAGUCCACCGCCACACGACCUAAGUUGUUAGUAGCUCUUAUAAACCCAACAAAGAAUAGAAAAAAAGGCAGCUCAGCUGCUACAGCACUCACCGGUAACAUUAAUCAUGGCUGGUCAGCUUGGAACUGUAGUUAUAGGAGGAGGCACUGGCUUUAUUGGAACAGCUCUAAGUCACAGCCUGAAGCGUCGAGGUUAUGAUGUGCUGAUUGUAUCCAGAAAACCAGGUGUAUACAGAAUGACUUGGAGCGACUUGAACCAGAAGGGAUUACCAAACUCAACUACAGCAGUAGUCAGUCUUGCUGGUCAAAAUGUAUUGGAUCCUACGAGACGAUGGACCGAAGGCUUUAAACAAAAUGUUUGGGCAUCACGAAUCAACACCACAAAGUACUUAGCUGAGGCUAUUAAAGUAUCGAACAUCAAACCCAAGGUGUUUGUCACAGCUUCAGGUGUGGGUUUUUACCCACCAAAUCAAGAUGAAGUAUAUGAUGAGGAUGGCCCUGGUGGAGAUUUUGACUUUUUAUCUCACCUGUGUUAUGACUGGGAAAAUGCAGCAAAUCUUCCAUCCCAUCUUGAUGUAAGAACAGUCAAGAUAAGAAUAGGAGUGGUACUUGGUCGUCAGGGUGGAAUGAUUAAGCAGCUCAUAUUUCCAUUUUAUAUGGGCUUUGGGGGACCUGUGGGAAGUGGAGAUCAACCUAUGCCCUGGAUUCACGUUGAAGAUAUAGUUGGUAUUUUUAUCCAUGCAAUCGAGUCGGAAAAUGUCACUGGAAUAGUCAAUGGAGUAGCUCCACAAAUUAUAACAAACAAAGAAUUUGCUACAGCUUUUGGAAAAGCUCUUUGGAGACCAUCAGUUGUACCCUUACCGACAUUUGCUAUAAAUAUGCUGUUCAGUGAAGAGCGAGGUAAAAUUAUGACUGAGGGACAAAAGGUAAUUCCAAAGAAAGCCCUUAGAACAGGGUAUUCAUUUAAAUACCCAAACAUUACAUGUGCAGCAAAAGAAUUCUCAAAAAUUAUAUAUGCAGAUGAGCUAAAUAUGUAGACUUGGGUCAAGGUAUGUGAAAUAUUUAAGUUAAUCCAUCCUUAACAUUUUUUUUUUUUUUCAUUUUAUAGCAUUGAAAACAAAUAUAAGUAGUACUGAAUCGUGCCUUCCUUUUGAACAAAAAUGAAUAGUCUUAAAUUGCUGUUUUGGAUGGUAAACAAAGGAUUACAUAAGUGUACAAAGCUUUUUGCACCUUUGACUGGUUUAAGGUUUUUCUACUCCCACAGCCCAGCUAGUGGCCACACUUCAUCAGCCAGGUUUUUGCUACCUGCAGCUGUAUAACCCUUGUGGUUUAGCACUUCUUUUUUAUUAUAAUAAUAAUUUGCUACCUGCAGGUCCACAUAGCCAUCACAGCUUAGCUGAUCUGGCACGUUAUUUGCAGAAAUUUGUCUAUUUGACACUCAAAGAUUAAUACCAUUGUACCAGUAAUAUUUGCUAGUGGAAGACUGAAGAGUCUUGGGCCUAGUAUGUUGACAGUGUUCGCUAAUAGUGCUUAUGUUAUUCCUACUUUCAUUUACUGUAUCUUACAUUUUAAUGCUUCAUAUGUACUCAAAUGAUUGUUUAUGAAUGACAUUAUAUUGGAUUACUGCUACACUACACUUGUCAAUGUAUGAAGCAUCUACUGUACUGAAUAACCUUUAUGUAUAUCAUGUUUUCAUAAUAAGUAACAAUACCAUGGUUGCUACACUA